CUCUCGCUCACUCUCUUUGCCUUCAACUCUUGUGGUGAGUGGGCGAGCGAGGGGUUGACGGUGCACCAUUGGCACUCUACGAGAGCACCACUCAUCCAUCACUCUCAAUUGGCCGUGCCGGGUUUCUUGCUCACUCUCAACCAAGUGGGCUGGAGCCAGCCUCCCUCCUCCAAUCCUCUUUUUUCCCUAGUCUCUCCACCCGCUUAGACUCUGUCCUCCACCUCCUCGUCGAGCCAUUUCUCGACCCAGCAAAGCGUUGUCUCCAUCUCCCCGACGACCAGACCACACACAACGCAGCCAAGCCAGCGCCGGCGUCCCUGUUCGCCUUUCCACGCUACGCUGGAAAUUGAUCAAAAGUGUGCGAGUGUCGUGGUUGUGUGAUUCUCUUUUCACUCUGUCCAUUUUUAUCCCCUCUUCACACUUUACGACGCAUACUAGUGAGGGAGGCAGAAACGAGUCUCUUUGCAACGCCCAGUUCGACCAUCUCGAACACAGAAACAAAAGAAGAUCAGGUACAGGUAGCCUCGGCCAGGUGCCUUUUUGCUCUUCUUCUGCUUCUCUGCGACGGUUCCUUGUCAUGAUCCUUUCUUGACCGACUCAUCGUUGAUCGAGAAAAGAGCGGUGUCACCCCCCUCACCCUCGUCGUCCACCACGGCCACGUCCACAUCCACGCUCUUGGGGUCCUCUCCGUUGUCCACGUCCCCCGGACUUGUCAGCCGCCUAUCCACGGCCCAUCCACGCCGCCCACGCCCACUCACGCCCACGCAUUCCACGCAUACGCACUCGGAUCGAAACGAGGCCAGACGGAAGGCCGAUCCAUACUAACGGAAAAUCUCCAGUCCACCUCAUCCUCGCCUGAACAAAACCCCAUUGACCCCUUGGUUCCCGCUCCCGCUCCCGCCAUCAUGACUUACGACUUCACUGCCGCUGGGGGAGACGCCGUCUUGCUAGAACAACUGGCCUUCGACCAGCAAGACCACCAGCGCUACUAUCCCAUCAUCACCUCGACCCAAUCACCCCAGAACAUCACCUCGACCGCGCUGACCACCAUGUCCCAAAGCGCCCGUCAAAGCCUCAGCCCGGGUGCCACUUGGCUCCCGGCUGAUCUGUCCGGAGGAAUGAGCGCACCCAACUCCAUCCACUCGCCAAGCAGCAGCAUGUCGCCUUCGUCGCCCGAGGACCAGAAUUGCCAGUCGCCUGGGAAUAGCGUCAUGUCCAGCCCUCUUCAGCAACAACAGCACUCGCCUCUCCAGCACUCGCCUCUGCAGACCGGCACCCACUUGUUCCCCGACUGGACCGCUUUCCCCAUGCAGACCCAGCAGCAGCAGCAACAACAGCAGCAGCAACAUGUCUCUGAUAUGCCUCAGUUUAUCUCGAACGAGCCUCUGCUUGCUCUCACCAACCACUUCAUGCCCAACUUCCACCAGCCCAGCGCUUUCGAUUAUCUCCCCGCCACCACCCAGGCCGCCAUCGAAAACACGCUUCAUUUGGAGGCUCCUUUCAACCACGCCAUCUCUCCCGUCGAGGAGACCAGCCAGCAACUGCAGUGGAGCACGGGUACGGGCACGCAAAUGGCGAACUGGCAGGAUUUUGAGAUGGCCAUGAACUUCAACCAGCAUAACGAACUUGCCCGGAUGCCCAUGGGAAGCCACUCGCCCACGGGCAGCUUUCUGGAAGUUCUGUCUUUGCACUCUGGAAGCGACAAUGGCUGGGCUACCGUGGACAUGCCUUUGUUUCAGGAUUACAACAACUUCACUCAGCCCCAGCCUGCGCAAAAUACCGCCAUCUUCAACCCCGGCCAGACUUUGCACUUGAGGACCACAUCUGAACUCUCACAACAGUCUGACUUUACCGAGUUCGGAAGCUACGAGGAAGUUACCUUCCCCUACUCGCCCUUCUCCACCGAGUCCGAUGGCUUCAUGGAUAUGACCAACAACCGCCACGGUUGCUGCUCCGGUGACCACCACCACCACUCUCCUCAACCCACUGAGAUCAGCCCCUCUUCCGCCGUUGCUCCCGUCCCUAUCAAGGCCGGCUCUUCGAGGGCCGUUACUGCCAAUGGCUCUGGCUCGGUUUCGCCCCCGCCGAGGAGAAUCACUGGCCCGAGAAAGAGCCCUACUGCCAAGCCUUCCAAGACCAUCGUUCGUAGGACUAACUCGACUGGCAAGAAGGACGGCACUGGUGAAAAGAAGGUUGGCAGGCGUCGUGGACCCCUCCUUCCUGAGCAGCGUAAGCAGGCCAGCGAGAUCAGGAAGCUCCGGGCCUGCCUCCGUUGCAAGUUCCUCAAGAAGACCUGCGACAAGGGUGAGCCUUGCGCCGGGUGCCAGCCUUCUCACGCUCGUUUGUGGCAGGUGCCUUGCACUCGCAUCGAUAUCAAGGAUAUUGGUUACUUUAUGAAGGAUUGGAAGGCCGACUACGAGCGUCACCUCGGCCGCGGCAUGUCCGUCUUCAACGUCAAGGGUUUCGCCCAGAAGGAGACCCUCAUGUGGAUCACCCACGGCUACGGCUUCUGCCUCCCUGUCAUGGUUCGCGAGGUGUUUGUUGCCGACGAGAGCUGCUUCCAAGUCGACUGGGUCGAGUCGACCUUGACUGACCAGGAGCCUAUCGAUUUUGAGAUCCGCACUGAGCGCCUCGACGUUGGUCAUGAGGGUGUCUCUGUGGAGGCUCUCUCCGAGUACCUCGACAAGCAUGUCGAUGAGGGCUUCGAGCAGUUCAUUGACGACCAUUUCGAGGGUACUCCCUUCAUCACCGAGCUCUUCAAGACCGCUCAUAGGUUCUACGUCAAGGAGCGCCUGCCUGUCAUUCGCAAGGCGCUCAAGCUUGUUGUGGCUUACAACCUCACUCUUCACAUUACCAUGGUUGAGCAGCCGCCGACGGAGCAGCCCAUGGAGGGCCAGAUCGAUGACGAGGAUUCCAAGUACUUUGGCAAGGUUGUCGCCCCUGUCAUGAUCAAUUUCCAGAUCAAGUGCGCCAUGGCCGAUAUGUGGCGUGAGCUCCAGAAGGAGGUCCUCGAGGAGCUCUCUGCUCUCUACUCUUCGGUCUACAGCGGAGAGCGUCUCAAGAACUGGCCUACUAUCUUCAUGCUGGCUGCCAUCCUCUUGGCUGUCUGGGAGGAGAUCCAGUUCGACUGCCAUUACCGUGUGCCUGACCCUAUCGCUGUCAACAAGUUCUGUGACGAUAUGGAGUCUACUCCUGUUGGUGUCAUUGUUGGCCUCUUCCACGCCAUCUCUCAGAAGCUGCCCGCCUUCACGGAGUGGGAUACUCGCAGGCAUGGUCAGCUGCUUAAUAACAACGUUGCCGUCUGCGAGGCCAUGACCGAAGUUAGACAGCAUGUCCUCAAGCAUGAAUCCUACCUUAGGACCCGUCAAGAAACCAAGUUCGACCGCUAUGACUUUGACUCACUAUCAAACAAGUUCCUGUCGAAGCUGGUCAUUCGGGCCAACUAAGGUUGUUUUCUUGCUUGCUGCACUCUGCCUCUUUUGGUUGCGAUACCCGUUAUCCACGUUACGGUUACAGCACUUUACAGCAAAGCUCGCAAGAGCUGGUCUGUUCCGGUUUCCUGUUUUCCUCUUUAUCCUUAUCUCAUGGGGCCAUUGAGCGACGGCGUUCUCAUCUUUAUUUCAUUAUGGCUACUAUUUUCUAUAGUCAACCAUCUUCUCCCUUUUUCUGUUAUCUUUUGUGGCAUUUUUUUUGGCCGCGCACACUCACUUGGUGGCUGGUCACCACCGCGAACAACACGAUACGAAAUGACUGACGUCCCAUCAUGACGGAUCAAUAUUUGAUGAAUACACAUUUGACGAAACCCCAACGAAUCUACACAAAACACACCAUACACUACUACGCAUACAUCGCAAAAAAGUUAAAACCAGCACGAUCUGCAUGUCUGGCACUUUUGAUAGUUCAGUUGGGAGAGAAGAAGUCGCUCACGGGAAAAGGAAGGGCAUGGGAUGAAGGAGGGUAAGCGAGUGGAAAGGGUUGUUUGAAAGGAUCGAAGAAAAGCACAACUCAAAGGGGAGGAAGAGGAGGAAAAUGGGUUUGCAUUGGGUAUCUUGGCGUUUUUUUUUGUCUAUCUGAUUUGGUCUUUUUCUUUUGGUUUACCUACAUAUAGAUAUGGAUUGAUAGGUGGACUUUCUUGCAUAAGCGCGCGCGGGCAAACCGCGACCUAGGCGAGAAAUCCUCUUUUUGAGAAAUAUUUAUUGGUUAUUGUUAAUGAGUAUUAGGCUGUUCGAGUGCUUGUUUUGGUGUGAUGUUGUUGAGUGUACUACAGCAGGCAAUGUUCCCUCAUCAGAGAAAAACGAAGAGAGUGGUUGUUUGUUUAAGGCCAACUUUCAUCCACAAGUACACAUUACCUGGUUCUUCACAGGUUGUCAUGGAACCGACUAUGGGAAGGGCCACAGAGCAAACGAGUUCUCGAGUCUUGUAGAGUUGCCUUGGGUUGUGUGUACUUGUUUCAUUUCAAAGACGCAAGUCAUUACCACGCAAAGAAAGCCGUUGGCU